AAAAUCUCCUCUGUUUUCUCUCUUUACCUGCACAAACAUUGCAUGGAAACCCUUCAAAGCUUUAUAUCUCCAAAAACCCAAUUCAUGAACAUGAACUUGAACUCACUCUUUUCAAGGCUCAAACACAAGCUCUCCUUGACCCCUUCUUUAUAUAACCUAAAACCCUUUUGUACAAUGAAUUAUCUAACUCCAUCUCUUUCUCUCAGAAGUAGCACUAGCAAGAGUAAAAGUACUGUUAUUGCUUCAGCAGACAGUGUAAUUCUCAAGGCUAAUGUAGCUGAAGCAGCAAGACAAUUGAAGGUGGACUGGUUGGAAUCCCUUUCUUGCCCUCUUCCCGUUAGUCAAACCAGACUUUCUACUUUUGGAAAUACGAGUUCCAAUUGGGUCAUUGGUAUCGACCCGGAUCUCUCUGGUGCUGUUGCUCUCUUGAAAAUUGAUGAUUCCGGUUUCUCUGCUCAGGUAUUUGAUACCCCUUGCUUGAAAGUUUUGGUGGGCAAAAGAAUUCGAAAGCGGUUAGAUGCUAAAUCUAUUGUUGAGUUGCUUCGUAAUUUUGAUGCUCCAGUUGGUAUGGCUGACUCUUUUGGAAAACUUCUGUUAUUUCAAAAACUAUUCGUCCUUGGAACCACUGCAUACAUUGAGCAAUCAAGCCCAUUUCCACAAGAUGGGAAACAGGGAUGGUGGAGUGGAGGAUUUGGUUAUGGAUUAUGGAUUGGUACAUUAGUGGCAUCUGGUUUCUCUGUAGUUCCAGUACCAUCUGUGACAUGGAAGAAAAAAUUUGAACUCUCUGGAAGCGGAUAUACCAAGGAUGAUAGUCGAAGGGUUGCAUCAACAUUAUUUCCAUCAUUGAGUUCUUCACUGAAGAGAAAAAAGGAUCACGGAAGAGCUGAAGCUUUACUCAUUGCUGCAUAUGGCAAAGGCCUAAAGUUGAACUCAGAAACCUCAUGCACUUUAGAGGAACUGCCUUAAGAUUUGGCAGAUUGCUUGGCAACUCAUGUCCUCUGGAUGCAUCUUGUCCCCAUGCCACGUGCUAAACAUUUGGGAGAAAUAGAAUGACUUGCGUAAUGAAGAAGUACGAGAGCUGAAGGGAUUUUUUGCUCGUGAGACCUUUUAUGUCUAUCAAAUUCAUGGAGAUGGAGCCUCGGAAGAAGAAAAAAAUGAGAUGAUUCUUGUAGACUAGGUCACAACUAUUUAAUGAAUUGUACUGGGAUUUUGGUUCCCAUUAUGGCUAUCCACUCGAUUGUUGUAUUCGCAAAAUUGUAGAAUGAUUAUGGAAAUUCUAAUGAAAAUCGACAUUCUUGCUCCA